UCGACCCUGUUGUCAGUGAUUAAUGUGAUAAGAACGAAGCGUGGUUCUGUGUCUCGCUUGUGAAUGUGACAAAGAAACGUGUCUUGUGCUAUACACGUGUUCAUUUUUAGUUAGAAAUAAAUACAGAGGAAUAAGAAAGUUAACACUGGAAGGAAGUUCGAAGGGAACAAGUUUACGAAGAGUGUAGUGAUGCACGUGUCAGUAUACGUAACCCAAGACAGUCACGUGUCGCUAGAAUACUGAGUACAGUUGCACGUUCAAGUGCAUGGAAAGAAAACCAAAUUAUUUAGAUUGUGCAAAGAGUUUUGGCAGUGGAAAGUGUAAACAAAGUUAAAUACAAGUACAUAAUUAUUGGUUUAGGAAUAAUAUUCAGUUUCAUAAUGUAAAUACUGUGAUUCAUUGGCUGGACAUUUUGUGAACUUUCAAGGCCGGGUACUGAAAGACAAGUUGUAAGGGCUAGAAUGUAAAUUCUACAAAGACAUCUCAUACUACUCUAUGAAAUAAACACGAGACUAAUAUGUGGGUUGAUAAAGAUUGAAAACGGCGGAAACUGUGUCAUAAUGGGUCUACCGCCUCGAACCACACAUUUUAAAAAUAGAAUAAAUAAACUUUGAACUGCCCGACAGCGAUUGAAAGAGAUGAAGUUGCAGAUGUUAGAAAUGAAGGCGAAAGAAUCAGCAAGGAAACCAGGGAUUAAGAAGAGAAGGGAAUUCAGGCACUCCUGCUGCUGCUACUAGUUCUGUGCGGAGUGGCAUGGUGACAGUAAGCGACGGCAAAGUCCGGCCUCAGCCAAUGAGGCUUCACCUCUCCAUGGAGCUCCUGCGGCUCCAGAAAGAGGAACUUUCUCCCAUCAACCACAAUUACAACAGGAAACCUUCUCCGGUUGACUCGAGGGAGCGCAUUGUGAGCGUGACGAGGCAGAAGGUGGGAGGCCUUGGGCUGAGUAUCAAAGGAGGCGCAGAGCACAAACUGCCAAUACUCAUCUCCAGGAUAUUCAAGGACCAAGCAGCGGACCGGACAGGUGAACUGUUUGUGGGAGACGCCAUCGUCAAAGUCAAUGGGGAGUACAUCACUUCCUGUAACCAUGACGACGCAGUCAACAUCCUGUGCAAUGCUGGGGAUCUUGUAAUGCUGACUGUAAAACAUUACAGGGCAGCCACACCUUUCCUCCAAAAAAACUUGCAGAGGGAUGAACCCCAUCUUGACAAUGAAGGAGCUUCUCAGCUGAGAUCUGAAGAAGGCUGGAGGUCUCCAAGCAAUAGCAGACCAAGUUCAGGUUCCUUCUCCCCGACAGGGAUGCAAAGGAGGUGGAUCGACAUUGUCACAGUUCCGCUGAUGAUGGCGUAUGUGACACGUUAUAUAUUUGGGACGGACAAGUUACGACCUAAUGCUUUUGAAGUGAGAGGCCUUAAUGGAGCAUCUACUGGAAUAAUCCACUGUGAUGAUGCAGCUAUUCUUUCCCAGUGGCUCAAAUAUAUCACAGACAAUAUUGUGGGACUCACAAACCUACAGAUGAAGCUGUAUAACCGGAACUUUCCAGCAACAGAACGAAUUGAAUACAUGGGUUGGGUGAAUGAGGGUAUCCUCAACAACAAUCAGCCGUGGCAGAACUACAAACCGAGGUUUCUGACGCUCAAGGGUACGGAUGUGUUGCUAUUUGACUCCCCGCCAUUAAACAUAAUGGACUGGCUGAAAUGUGGUUUAGUUUUUAAAGUAUACCAAACAAUGUUCCGAGUCAUCAAGGAUUCUGAAAAUGUUGAUGAGAGACAACAUUGCUUCUUGAUCCAAACAUCAGGCCAUGAGUCAAGGUACUUGUCAGUAGAAACAAGGCAAGAACUUCUGAGGAUAGAGAAUGCCUGGCAUUGUUCUGUGUGUGCAGCUGUCAUGAAAUUAGGGAGCAAAACCUUCAGUGUCACCACUUCAAAUGGCAAAACAGCUGGUCUCACGUUAGACUGGCACAUGGGAUUUGCUCUCUAUGACACUGAAUCAAAGACAUAUUCGUGGAAAUACAAAUUCUCUCAGCUGAAAGGUUCAUCUGAUGAUGGAAAGUGCAAAUUAAAGCUACACUUUCAAAAUGCUGAGACCAAGAUUAUUGAGACAAAAGAAUUAGAAACAUCUUCCCUACAAAGCCUUCUGUUCUGCAUGCACGCCUUCCUCACAGCUAAAGUAGCAUCAGUAGAUCCAGCGUUUCUUAGUUCAGUAACUCCAUAAUGCAAUACAGUGACAUGAACUUAAGUACACACCAAGAGAAGAAUAGAAGAGUGCUGCGCAAAGACGUUACCGUGUUCUGUAGCAAGGUCUGUUGCUGAAACUACAGCCGCACUAUGUUAUAUACCGUACAGUAUUUAAAAUAAUUUCUGUAUAUUAUAGUUGCUGAGCCAUUGAAGAAUAUCAAUUACAUUUGUAUAUGACUGGAGGUAGAUCACAGGGAUAUGUAGUAAUAGGCUGAUAUUUUGUUACUUUGUGGUGUACUUUUAAAUCAGCCCAUUUCAAGUGUUAUUCUGAGAGAAAAAGUUCAAAACCUUCUUCAUAUACAUUUUAUGGCCUCUAUAGUCAGUAUUCAUCUAUAUCUACCUACCCAAAUGUGCACUUAGACAGUAUUCAGAAGAAUGGAUUGGUAUACAUUUUCAUCUGUAUAAUAUAUCACUUAAUUUUUAAAUUUGUGGACAUACAUUGCAAAAAAUGUUCCUUUUUAUAUUGAUAUGAUUAAUUUUGCUGUUUGUAACUUUUAUCUCCAGUUACGUGUUACAAAAUGUGAUGUACAUAAAGCAUAAAUCAUGACCAUUUCUUUAUAGCUCUGUCAAUAUUCGUAACUCUGAUUUCUUUUAAAUUGUAUCUACAGAUAUAGUAGUUCUUAUAUUUUUUGUCUGUUUUACUAUUUUGAAGAUGAUUUUGCAGUAUAAAUUCUUUUAAAGCAUUCUCUGGCUAAUGUUAUGAGUUCUGAAUUUUGUAAUUAUGUAUGAAAUUUGCGCAUAAAAGUAAAGAUUUACAUUAUUUUUUUCCAUUUUCUCUCUAACACAGCCUGGGAAAUAAAUUUCAUGUGAACACUUUUAAAGCAUCUUAUGGCUAAAUUUAUAAUUUACUCAAAAUUUAUAAAUUUUUAAUGCAAGAUAUAAGCAGUCAUACUUUAUCAUAAUUAUCAUAAUUCAUUUGUCUGUUUAACUUACAAAUACAGUUUGAAUGACUCAUUUCAUGCGCAUGUGUUAUGAAAUCUUAGAAAUUUAACAGUUUGCUUGUAUUUUCUCAAGUGUGAAGUUGGUCAGCCAUCUCUUCACUGUUUGAACGCCUUCACGGUGUGAUGUUUAAUGAAGGGACAACUUCACUUAGGGCUUUCAUUUAAAUAAUGCUAAGAAUAUUGGAGGCUGCGACUGCCUUUAGUCCUGAGACGUUGGAAGCAUCUACAUAUAAUACAAUAAAUAUAUUGAUCCAGAAUUGUCCUUUCCCAUCACCCCUCAAUUCUGACUCCUGUUAUCUCUGCCUCAGUCAUAUGCAAAGUCAGUAGUGACUUAGCAUUAAGUAUUCUCCAGUCCCUAUUUUUACUAUGCUGUUAUGAACAGUUCUUGUUGAUACAAAUUUGAACUCAUUUAAUGAUUUGUUAAUUGUUACAUACUUGGUGUGACAACCGUGUUGUCCUGUGAUUGACAAACCCGAGGUCUGUAAUGUUUGUCUUGCCAGAUGCUGAAAAAGCAGUCCGUAAUAACAUUAUUUGAUUGAAGAAUGUGCUGGAAGCCAUGAAUAGUUACCCUAUAGUUAAAAUGUAUUAACUAAAGUUUCUGUAUUCUUAUAUUAAAUUAACUUGAUAUUUUUUUCUUGAUGGUUAAUAGUUACAUGUAAGAUUUGAGGUUUUCACAGG